GAAGAAAGAAAGAGAGAAGUGUGUUUAUAUUUUUGCGUCGUCAAGAAUUUAAUCUCUAUAUAUGAUCUCGCUAUUAAAAUUUCUUCUAAACCACCUUCAUAUAUCAACGCACGAUGUCGUGUGUUUUUCGUUCUAUUUCGUCGUCUGCUCUAGUUAAAAAAAAUUUUUCGAUUGAGAGAAAAUAAGAGAUAUAAUACAAUAAGUAAAUAGGAAAACUCUUAAUUUGUGUGUUUAUUAUCAACUGAAAUUAUUGACUGAAAAGUUAUUAAAAUGAAAUGUUUAAUAGAAAAUUUCACAUUUCUAUGAAAUAAUUACGAUAGUUUUGGUUUUAAGUUUAAUUGAUAAAACACGUGGAUAAGAAGGAAAAAAAAAUAUGGUGAAUUCAAUCGUGAAUGUAAAUCCUCGAAAUGCUGUCGGUAGAACAUGCCGGCCAAAAUCAUUCGGAGAAACUCACGACAAUUUCAAUUGGAUCGAAUGCGUCUCGAAAAAGGAUCCAAAUGUCAAUUAUUAUUACAAUAUGCGAACGCAUUCGAAAACUUGGAAGAGACCAGUUCCCGAUUAUGUGGAUCUUCCAUUUUACAAUCCGUACGCGGUACCAAUUAAUAGAGACGAGGAGGAGGACGAGAAUGAUGAUGAGAAAUUUUUGGCCUUUGUUUCCGAUUUGGACGAUGAGGAUUUUUAUGAGGACGACGACAAUGAAGAAUAUCGGGACAAUGAAAAUUAUCGGCUCCGAAAAGAAAAGGAAUUAAAUGAAAAUGCCCUUCAAAUUGGCACAAAACUUUAUUACAGUGGUUCGAGGGAUUUAAGAAAAACACGAAAACGACGUCUCAGCGAUAAUGACGAAUUAUCCGAUUAUUCACAAUAUUUGCCAAUCAACGAUUUUCUUGAAUUUGAUCUCGUCUCGGAGAAUUCCUCAAAACGAAUGCGAUUCUCAAGUUCAACUUCCGAUCAAACUGAUCAUUUGAAUUUAGAAAAUUUAACACUCGAUCAAUUCAAUAUCAAUUCACUGACACACGAAAAUCAAUUGCAACUAAAUCAAUUGAAUUUAAAUCAAUCAAUUACAAAUCAAUUGACACUGAAUCAAUUGAAUCGUUUGGAUCUAAAUGAAAUGAAUGAGGAGAAAUUCUGCGAAUCUAUCAACGAUCGUUCAUUAUCCGACGAGAGUUGUAAUUGUAGCGUUUGCCUCGCACAAGACAAUAAUGACGCGUCUGGCAGUUGUGACGAAUCAUCACGUUAUAGUCUUGCCUCAAAAUUUGACGCCCCACGUCUCAAGCAAAUAACAGACAACGAUCUCGUCAAGGUACAACCAAAAAAACGUGGUCGACCCAGAAAAAUUAAGAAGGAAACAAAAAAAAUACAAUUAACACCCGUAAAACGUAUUUACGAUAUGUACGGAACAAGAACCGUUAAUUAUGAUCCAAAUUAUAAUUUUAUCAAUAAAAUCGAUCCAAAUGGUCUGGAAAAUACACGACUCAGCGAUGACACAAGUGAUUCAAGUCCAAACGAAAAGAGAAUAUCGAGAAAGAAGAAAAAUUGUCACAAUUUUCUAAAACGUUUCCGAAAUCCAAAUUUAAGUGACACCGAAACAUCAAGUGAACUCGAGGACAAUAUGUCGAUGUCAGUGAAAUCGGAAAUCACCUCAACGGACGAUAAUCAUGUGAAUCGUUUCAAAUACUGGCAAAUUAAAAUGAAACCCCUCACAGUUAGUUUGGAACGUCUAGAAAGUAUUUCCACGAAAACGAAAAAAUCCUACAAAGAAUUAUUGGGAGGACGUGAAUUGUAUGUUCGACUCGAGAGAUUGGAUGUCGCAAAAUAUUUCGCUCGAAAAUCGGAGAAUUUGUCGAGAAAUUUUUCAUCUUUGAGCAAAAAUAAUUCGAAUUUAUCUAGAAAUUUUUCAUCUUCGAGCAAAAAUAAUUCGAUGAUAAAUUCGAAUUUAUCUAGAAAUUUUUCACCUUCGAGCAAAAGUAAUUCGAUGAUAAAUUCGAAUUUAUCUAGAAAUUUUUCACCUUCGAGCAAAAGUAAUUCGAUGAUAAAUUCGAAUUUAUCUAGAAAUUUUUCACCUUCGAGCAAAAGUAAUUCGAUUAUAAAUUCGAAUUUAUCGCCGUUGAAUUGCAGUCAAAGAUCACGACGCUCCUGUCGAACGAGAGCGAGCUAUCGAGAAUUAACAGAAUCCGACUAUUCCGAUACAUCCGAGGAGUCUUUCAAUAAAUUUCCCCGCCACAAUUCGAAAUUAAAUUCCACAUCGACGAAAUUGCAGCAAAAAAUAAAUUUAAAACCCCUGACAAUCCCAUCGACAAUCACCGACGAUAUUUGGUUUAUCGACGAUUCACAACCAAUGAAACUUCGUCUUCGGAAAUAUCGCACGACAUCCGUGAGUUCGGAUUCAAAUUCAAUUACGAAAACGAAACAAUUGGAAAAUUUCCCAAUUGAAAAAAUUGAAAAAACAAAAAUUGACACGAAAAGUGAAAAUCCUCCCGAAAUAUCAGAAAUGAAUUCAAUAGAAAAUGCGGAAAACUCCCCAACUCAUGAUCUUGAAUUCGAAAAUCCUUUUCAAGAAAAUUUGGACUUCAUAUUCAACUUAAAAUCGAGAUUUUUGGUUGAAAACAAUUUCAUCGAAGCUGAAGUCAACGAAUAUCCUCAAGUAAACGAAGAAUCGUUUCUAAAUCGUGAAUUGGAAAAUUUGGAAAUUCACAACGCUUCGAAUAAAAUUAUCGAGUUGAUGAAUUUUGACGAUAAUUCACAGAAUGCAAAUGAUUUAUUCAAUUUCACCACGCAAUUCAAUCGGGAAUUACCGGAGAAUUUCCAGGAGAACGAAACAUAUGAGGAUCAAGAAGAAGUUGAAGAAAAUUUGACAACAAUUACAGAGACGGAAAAUUUCUUAAAAGAGAGAAAAUCCUAUCAAGAGUGUAUGGAGACGAAAAAUUCAUCGACAGUGAAGAAUUUUAUUGACGACUAUAAGGAAUCAUUGGGUUUCUGUCCAAUCGAAGACUCGGAGAAUUUAAUGUACGAAAAUUGUCCAAAUUUGGAAAUUAAUUCCCCAUUAGAAAUAAAUCGAGAAUUAAUUUCUCAAGUUCCCGAAAAUCCCUUUGGGGAAUUAACCGAAUUUUUGCAAUUAAAAAAUCCCUCCUGCUCGACUUUCAGGGAAAUUUCACGAGUUGAGAAUUCGGAAAUUUCUCCAGAGAACACUUUUUCUUUUCAAGUGGAAAAUACGGAAUUUUCGGAAAAUUCGAUAGAAACGGAAAAAAAUCGCAACUCCCCAGAGAAGAGGGAAAAUCACGACCCAAAGAAAAUUCGAGAACGAAAAUUAGAGGAGAGAAAAAAAAUCCCAAAAAGAGACAAUUCUCCUCCAAUAUUGAAAAUUCAGUCAUCCCAACCAUUGGAGGAACGAAAAGAAAGUCCCCGACAACUUUCCUGUCCAAUAUUGAAAAUUCAGCCGGAAAAUUCAGAGUCUUCAUCAGACGAGGAGGAAAUCGAACCACUGAAAAUUCGUAUCACGAAAUCAGAAAACGAAUUUUCGAGAAAUUCGAUUUUACAGAAAAAUUUAGAGACUUUGCACUUUCAUCUCUCGCCCGCCAAAAUGGAGAAAGCGGCAGAGAAAAAAAUGGAAAAUCCAGAGAAGAAAUUGAAAAUCAACACUGGCGAAAAUCUCGAUGCCUUGAAUUUUCAUCUUUCGCCGGCGAAUUUGAAAACAAAAUUACGACUGAAGCAAACAAAAUUGGAUAUUUUUAAUUAUCAUCUCUCGCCGAAAAUGCCAACAAAAAGUGUUAAAAAGAUUUUGGAAAAUAGAGAAAAUCGAGAUGGUGAUGGAAAAUUGGAGAAUGAGAAAUUUAUUAUCGAAGUGGAACAAAGUUCGUCUAGUGAGGAUGAGGAGGAGAAGAAGAAGAAGAAAAUAAAAUUGAGUGAAAUUAAUUAUUCUUCAACGUUGGAAAAGAAAAAUUCGAAAUCUAAUUCAAAUUCGAAUUCAAAUUCGAGAGUAAAUUCGCCGAAAUUUUCAGAUGACAAUAUUUCGAGUACGACGGAAAAAAUUGAUCUAUCAGUCAGGGACGUGGACAGUUCAUCGACCGAUAUUGAAGAAGAAAUUUAUCGUCCAACAUCUGAAAAAUUAAAUUACGAACUCAAAAAGGAAAUUCUAAACGAUGGAACUUCAACUUCAACAACAUCGACAAUUUGCAUUUCACCAAAUAAUGAUACUGACGAUGACAUUGUUGAUCAAUUCGUCGAAGGAACUUAAUUCUUAAUACUUUUAUAAAUACCACCAGAAAAAAAUGCAAUAGAACAUUUAAUCCUAGGAAUCUAAAAAGAAUCAAACACUUCAAAAAAAUUAGCAAUUACUUGAAAAAUAUUUUUAAAUAGUAAAUAUAAAAUGAAUUAAAGUUGACUUUUAAAGUUAACUAUACAUUUAUUUUUGAUAAAUUCAAAAGUUUGUUUUCAUACUAAGGAUAUAAGUUUUUUUAUUUUUGUAAUUUUUAUAAAUAGAUAUUUUUUCUGACAAAGUAAUAUGAUAAUAUAAUUAUCGUGUUAAAUUAUUAAUUUCAUCAGUAUUUGUGAUUUCUAAAGUACACAAAGAUAAAUUAAGUUUGCAAAUAGUUUUCUAAUUUGGAGUUUAAGAAUUCUUAUUGAAGACAAAGUUUGUAAUCAUUUACAUUAAAUGUAAGAAUAAGUAAUAAUAAUAUCUAAACUGUUCGGAAAAAUAAAAUUGUUAAAUUUAA